GUAAAACAAACAGGAGUGGUAUUAAGCAUCGGUACGCUUAAUUACUGCACGUUUCUGUACGAUGCAAAUGUAGUCUUAUUUGAGACUAUAGAAAUUUUGACAGCGGAACCGCGGAAAGAACGUGGGCGCCGUGAAAGUGUACAGCGAGUUCGCGAAUGUAUAUUUCACGGUCAUUCAUUCUCACUGUGUCACCUGAUAAGUGAUCUGCACGGGGAAACGACGAAAAAAACAAUCACUGCUGCUCGGAACACCUUCGAGGGGCAUGAACUACGACGUGUUGCUAAAUAGAACGGGGUUCAACAAGCUCGCGGUAACACCGCAACACUUCCGUAGUGUUUCGGAGGGCGACGGUCGAGGGCGUGAUGCAGCCGCAGGUGCGAGUGACGAUGGCGGAAAGAACUGUAGUCGAAAGGUAUCCCUUCAACAGCAUCCAGCUUAUCGCCAUGAAACAGUGUCGGCCUCCUCGAGCCCGAUGCGUGGCCCAUACGCAGCUGGUGCCCUUGGCAGUGGGCCAAGCGAAGAAUUUAAGGGAAAAGUGGAAUCGAAGCUGUUGACCAUGUGGAAUAACAUGAAAUUUGGCUGGAGCUACAAAAUGAAAACCAACUUUUCGAAAGAACAACCGCUCUGGCUGCUUGGCCGCUGCUACCACCAGAAGGUGACCCCGGUGCCGUCGAUGGAGAGCUCGGUAGAAUUGAGCAGUACGGCCAUGCUCGUGCAGACCGCGCCUCCAGUAUACUUUGCCGAUGACUCUAGUUCCCCGGCGGAAGAAACAGGCACAGACGCUAUCGAGGACAGCAGUCCGGAGGGUAUAGUUGAGGAAGAAGGAAUAGAUGCGUUCCGGCGCGAUUUCAUUUCGCGUGUCUGGAUGACGUACAGGCGCGAGUUUCAAACGAUGGACGAUUCAAACUACACCUCCGACUGCGGCUGGGGCUGCAUGAUACGGAGUGGCCAAAUGCUGCUAGCCCAAGGUUUAAUGACGCACUUCCUGGGACGCUGUUGGCGCUGGGACGUUUCAAUGUUCAACGCGUACGAAGAGAACAUCCACCGAAAGGUGAUCCGUUGGUUUGGGGACACUUCAUCGAAAACGAGUCCCUUCUCCAUCCACACGUUGGUGGCCUUGGGAAAGGCGUCGGGCAAAAAACCGGGCGACUGGUACGGCCCGGGAGCUGUUGCUCAUUUGCUGCGACAAGCCGUUCGUUUGGCGGCACAAGAAAUCGCCGAUCUCGAUGGAAUCAACGUUUACGUUGCGCAAGACUGUGCCGUUUACAUACAGGAUAUUAUCGAUGAAUGCACUAUAUCAGCACCGUCUGCCGGAGCACCGUGGCAAAAGAAGGAAACUCAAGCAACUCUUGCCGAGAGCGGUAAAGCAUUGAAAACGCCACCCGGGUCGGAAGAAAGCGUUGCCGCCAUGCACUGGAAAUCAUUGAUCCUGCUCGUCCCACUCCGUCUUGGAACCGAGAAGUUGAACCCAAUCUACAACGAAUGCCUUAAAGCGAUGCUCAGUUUAGACUAUUGCAUUGGCAUUAUUGGAGGGCGGCCGAAGCAUUCACUGUACUUCGUCGGAUAUCAAGAGGACAAACUAAUUCAUCUCGAUCCGCACUACUGCCAAGACAUGGUGGACGUAAAUCAGGAAAAUUUUGCCGUUGCCUCGUUUCACUGUAAAUCGCCGAGAAAGAUGAAGCUGAGCAAGAUGGAUCCUAGCUGUUGCAUCGGAUUUUACUGCGAAACGAAAAAGGAUUUCUACAAGUUCAUUGAUGGCGUGAAGCCGUUUCUGACGCCCGUUGCGAACACCGAUGCUGUCGCCGGAGGAUCAAGUGCGGCUGUGGGGAACUAUCCGAUGUUUGUGUUUUGUCGUGGGAAAAGCAGUGACCAGCGUGCGGACCUUCCAUCCCAUCGGCCAAUGCAUGCACAUCUAUCAGCGUACCGAUCAUCGACUACCGCCGGUCCUGCGAGCGCCACUUCUGAUCGCGACAAUGACGACGAUGAUGAUGACGAAGAGGACGAAGCAAUAGAGUUUGUCAUUCUAUAACACACAGUUGCGAGAUGGCGACACAAUCUGUUCCGUUCCACUACUGCAAACAUCAUUCCAUCGUACUAAAAGAUUGUUGUUUCGUUUGUAGAACGGUUCCAGAUGGCUUAGCGACUUUUGGCGGGUCAUUCGUGCGGUGCGACUUGUUCGGACUGUGAUUGACGAACGAUUGAAAAUCAUGUACUUACACCGGCCGCUCUCCUCUGGUCAGCAAAUCAGUACAAUCUCUUGUUCGGUACCAUUGGUUUUUUUGGGUCGGCUCAAUAUGCCUAUUGCUCCAUACACUGUCAUUUCUUUUGGUACAAUAACGCAUAUUUUCAAACAAAAUAGAUAUUAAAAGUUUGUUGUUAGUUAAGAGUCUAGAUGGUUUAUAUUUAUUUUGAAGCUUAGAUGAUUUCUGCCGCUUUCCUAAGUUUGUGCAUUAGGUUACCUUCACUUCAGCAUUCAUCCUCAACGAGUGGGAAAAAGUGAGCGAAAUUACUGUUUCCCUCGGAAGAAGAAUAGUAAAAUGUAGAAUUAGUUGAUUAUAUUUUUUUAAAUUGAAAAAGUUGUUCAAACGGUACGUAGUACGAUAAUAAAAGAAAGACAAAUAACU